AAACUGAGUCAACAACAGAAACUGAGUCAACAACAGAAACUGAGUCAACAACAGAAAUUGAGCCAACAACCGAAACUGAGUCAACAGAAACUGAGUCAACAACAAAAACUAAGUCAACAACAGAAACUGAGUCAACAACAGAAACUGAGUCAACAACAGAAGCUGAAUCAACAACAGAAACUGAGUCAACAACAAAAACUGAUUCAACAGCAGAAACUGAGUCAACGACAGAAACUGAGUCAACAACAGAAACUGAGUCAACAACCAAAACUGAGUCGACGACAGAAACUGAGUCAACAACAGAAAACAAGUCAACAAUAAAAACUGAGUCAACAACAGCUACUGAGUCAACAACAGAAACUGAGUCAUCAACAGAAACGGAGUCAACAACAGAAACGGAGUCAACAACAGGAACUAAGUCAAAAACACUGUCUAAAUGA